AUGUCAAAGUAUAUUUGUGUCGAUUAUAAAGGGAAAAGAGAAUUUGAUUUAAUUAUUAGUUGUAGUCAAUCAUUGAAACCAUCAAAAGGAUUAAAAGUUAGAACUGUUGCAACUUGUGAUAAAUGUCUCUUUCAAUCUUACGAAAAAUUUGCUGACGAUCUGAAUGAACUUCCAGUUUUACCAGGUUCAUUAGAAAAGUACUAUGACAAUGUUUCUAAUGCAAUCGAUUAUACAAUUAAAGUUUAUCAAACUUUCCAAAAGCAAAAUGUCUAUAGUGGCCUAAAAGAAUUUAUUAAUAGAAUAAGAAAUUAUAAUUUAAAUGAUGGUGAUUUUAAUAGAACUAAAUACUAUCAAUCACUUACAAUCUGGGUCAACGACGAAAUAGUUCAAUCAAAUGGGGUAUACCACAACGAUCGUAUUCCAGUUGAUGCAAGUUCUUCAUCUUCAUCUUCUAUUUCAUCAUCAGCUUCAUCGCUAGGUUCAUAUCCAGGUUCACCAGGUUCAUCAUCGUCAGGUUCAUCAUCAUCAGGUUCAUCUGGUCCAUCCCCAUCUUCACCAUCUUCUGCUUCUUCCUCUUCUUCUUCCUCUUCCUCCUCCUCUUCCUAUUCAUCAUCUGAAGCAGAAAUAGAAAUAGGAUCUAGAGAUAUAACUCCAUCAAACCAUGGUAACCAUAACCACAUUGUUUGUACUUUUAGUAUUACAUUCUUUAUGGUCUUUAUCAUUUUGAUUUAA